AUGGGUUCUUCGCUCAAAUCUCUCAAUGUCGAGAAGACAGACAUCAGUCAUGUCGAGACCACUGUCGAAGAACCACUGCCAGCAAAACUUGAGGACCAGCAACCUUCGGAAAUCACAACCAAAGAGCAAUGGCGGAAGCUAUGGGUAGCUAUCCGGGCCGAAAAACGAUUCUGCUUGUGGACUCUCUACACCAUGCUUCUUGUCUUCAGCUGGGGCUACGAUGCCAAUUUAUCCGGCCUGGCCAUUGCCUUCCCCGAUUUUCGAAAAGCUUAUGGCAAUUACUACGCUGUCGGUGACGAGUACGUAAUUCCUGCCUUGUGGCAGUCACUGUGGAAUGCCGCUUCGACCAUCGGCCAGGUCUUUGGAGGCUAUGCCGCAGGGCAAUUCGCCGAUUUCUGGGGUCGCAAAGUCCUGCUUUAUGCAGCAGUCUUCAUUUCCCUCGGAUCAUCAUUUGCUCUUGUCUUUGCUCCAACUCUUCCGAUCCUCUUCGUCUCGAAGCUUCUUCUCGGUCUUUCGGUUGGUCUUGCAACGGUGCUCCCUCCUCUAUACGUCACAGAGAAUGCACCCACACACCUUCGCAGCAUCGCGUCGUCUCUUACCAACGUUGUCAUUGUCUUCGGUCAAUUCUGUGCGUCUAUCACUGGAUAUGGUGCUUCGGGAAUUCAGGGCGUUUGGUCUUUCAAGCUGGCUUUUGUCAUGACUUUCGUGAUGCCCGGCUUUUAUCUUUGCGGUCUUCCUUUCCUACCUGAAAGCCCUGUCUGGUACAUGAAGAAAGGUCGUGAAGAUGAUGCUCGCAAGGCUAUCACCAUGCUGUAUGGCCCUGGUGCUGAUGUCGAAGCCUGCAUUGAGACCAUCAAGUCAGAACUCAAACAGACUGAGAACGAGGUGUCCGCCGCCAGCCAGACAAGCUGGAAAAGCAUCUUCACCAAAGAGCAUCGCUCCCGUACGCUCGUUGCUGUGCUCGGCCUUCAAUCCCAGAACUUCUCGGGUGGCUACUUUGCCAAUACCUACCAGACCUAUUAUUUCCAGUUGAUCGGUCAAUCUGACUCCUUCCAAUUGACUGCGAUCUCUUCAUCGCUGCAACUCCUGUCAAACUUUGCUGCAGUCUGUCUUUCCGACAUCAUUCCUCGCAGAAAGGGCCUCAUUGGUGGAGGUACACUGCUGAUGUUCUGGUCUGUCAUCAUUGCUGGAGUGUCGAUGGCACCUACUACCAACACGUCUGCCAAUAUUGCCCUCCUUGCCUUUAUGAUUACUUGGUCCAUGAUUUACACGGCUACCGUGGGCUGCUACGGAUGGGCCGUGGCCCAGGAAACCGCAGCACAGGCCACACGCCCCAAAACCAUUUCAUUUGUUUUGGUCUGCCAGCAGUUGACAGCGCUUUUGUUAUCAUCUAUCUUUCCCUACUUUAUCAAUCCGGACGAACUCAACUGGGGUGGCAGGGUCAUGUUCCUGUUCGUUGGAGCCGAACUAUUCAUCUUCGCCGGUCUCUACUUCUUUCAGCCAGAGACAAAGAACAGGUCCAAUGCGGAAAUCGAUGCGCUGUAUGCCAAUAGGGUUUCACCGCGGAAGUUCAAGGACUUUGUUGUUGUUGAAGACCAGGUUAUGGAGAAGAAGAAGAAAGCUGGCUUGUUCGGCGGACUCGCUGACAAGGCUAAGCAUGUUGGCAAAUCCGUUUGUUAA